GAAAUCCCAUAAAUGGUAAAACGUCACUCAAUCUAAUAUUUCAUCUCAAUCCCACCCUUUUCAUUUUUCCCCCUUUUCUCAUUUCAAUUCGUCAAUUCGCUUUCCCUCCAACCAAAAAUAUACAUAAUACUCUCUCUUGAUCUCUGUUCUCUUCUUCGUUUCUUCACUUCGAACUUCGAACAGAAAUUCCUCGAUCUUUCUCAAUUCUCAUGUCGGAUUUCUAGGCUCAGAUUCGGAUUCGGAUCCUCUUUUGCCUCGUUUCGAUCAGAGCUUUGCGUUUCGGUUUGGAAGUUUCUGUAAACGGAGAAGAAACGAUGAGUAACCAGAAGAAGCGGAAUUUCCAGAUUGAGGCGUUCAAGCACAAGGUUGUGGUGGAUCCGAAGUACGCCGAGAAGACAUGGAAGAUUCUGGAACAUGCAAUCCACGAGAUUUACAAUCUUAAUGCCAGUGGCCUCAGCUUUGAGGAGCUCUACAGAAAUGCCUACAAUAUGGUGCUUCACAAAUUUGGUGAAAAGUUGUACUCGGGGCUGGUUACAACCAUGACUUCUCAUCUCAUAGAGAUAUCGAAAUCCAUUGAAGCUGCUCAGGGAGGUUUGUUUCUUGAAGAACUAAACAGAAAAUGGAACGAUCACAAUAAGGCUAUGCAAAUGAUCCGAGACAUACUGAUGUACAUGGACAGGACUUAUAUUCCAAGUACCCAGAAAACCCCUGUUCACGAACUUGGGCUGAACCUAUGGAGGGAUAAUAUUGUACACUCCCCUAAUAUUCAAACUAGACUUCUUACUACACUUCUUGAUCUAAUACAGAGGGAGCGGAGUGGUGAAGUUAUUAACAGGGGGCUGAUGAGGAAUAUAAUUAAGUUGCUGAUGGAUUUGGGCCCUUCUGUUUACCAAGAAGACUUUGAGAAACAUUUUCUUGAAGUUUCAGCUGAGUUUUACAAGGGUGAGUCACAAAAGUUUAUUAACUGUUGUGAUUGUGGGGAUUACUUGAAGGAGGCAGAGAGGCGUUUGAAUGAGGAGUUUGAAAGGGUUACCCAUUACUUGGAUACAAGGAGCGAAGUCAAGAUAACUAGUGUGGUGGAGAAAGAGAUGAUUGCAAACCACAUGCCAAGAUUAGUGCAUAUGGAAAAUUCAGGUCUGGUAAACAUGCUUCUUGAUGAUAAGUAUGAAGACCUAAAAAGAAUGUACAACUUGUUCCGAAGGGUUUCCAAUGGUCUUUUGACAAUACGCGAGGUGAUGACUUCUCACAUCAGAGAAACUGGUAAACAGCUAGUUACUGAUCCUGAAAAGUCAAAGGAUCCUGUGGAAUUUGUGCAACGACUCUUGGAUGAGAAAGAUAAGUACGAUGGAAUUAUUAGCUCAUCGUUUGCUAAUGACAAGACAUUUCAGAAUGCUCUGAAUUCAUCAUUUGAGUACUUUCUUAAUCUGAACCCACGUUCACCCGAGUUUAUUUCUUUGUUUGUUGAUGACAAACUCCGCAAAGGUUUGAAGGGGGUUAGUGAGGAGGAUGUAGAAAUUAUUCUUGACAAGGUGAUGACAUUGUUCCGGUACCUACAGGAAAAAGAUGUGUUUGAAAAAUAUUACAAGCAGCACUUGGCAAAGAGGCUUUUGUCUGGUAAAACUGUCUCUGAUGAUGCAGAGAGAAGUUUGAUAGUGAAGCUCAAGACAGAGUGCGGAUAUCAAUUUACUUGCAAAUUAGAGGGCAUGUUUACAGACAUGAAAACUUCUCAAGACACAAUGCAAGGAUUUUAUGCAAGCCAUCCUGAACUAGGGGGUGGACCCACAUUGACUGUCCAGGUUCUGACAACUGGAUCUUGGCCAACUCAGCCCAGCGUCACAUGCAACCUUCCAGCAGAAAUGUUAGCAUUAUGUGAGAAGUUCAGAUCCUAUUACCUUGGGACCCAUACUGGUCGGAGAUUGUCCUGGCAAUGUAACAUGGGUACAGCUGAUAUCAAGGCUUCCUUUGGGAAGGGCCAGAAGCAUGAGUUAAAUGUGUCCACUUAUCAAAUGUGUGUCCUAAUGCUGUUUAAUAAGGCUGAUCGGCUUAGCUACAAGGAGAUUGAGCAGGCCACGGAGAUUCCUGCGCCGGAUCUAAAGAGGUGCCUGCAAUCAUUGGCGUGCGUGAAGGGAAAGAAUGUUCUUCGUAAAGAGCCUAUGAGUAAAGAAAUAGUUGAGGAUGAUGCAUUCUUCGUUAACGACAAGUUUGCAAGCAAAUUCUAUAAGGUGAAGAUAGGAACUGUUGUUGCACAAAAGGAAUCAGAACCCGAAAAACAGGAGACCCGUCAGAGAGUGGAGGAGGACAGGAAGCCUCAGAUUGAAGCUGCGAUAGUGAGGAUCAUGAAAUCAAGGAAGACUCUGGAUCACAACAAUAUAAUUGCUGAGGUCACAAAACAGUUGCAAUCACGAUUCCUAGCUAACCCAACAGAGAUUAAGAAACGCAUCGAGUCCCUCAUUGAGCGUGAUUUUUUGGAGAGGGACAACACAGACAGAAAAUUGUAUCGUUAUCUUGCCUAGAAGAAAUGUUUGCUUGUCUUGGCAUUUGAUAAGUCGUAUUGUUAACUUUUAGGUAAAUUUUAAUGGAUAUCCAUUUGUGCUGUU